GCUUGCGGGUCUACGUCUCAUCACGUUCAACUGGGGGGCGCAUGGGAAGCGCGGGCAACCCUCUCACAAACAAAUAUGUUGCGUCACCUUUGUCCUACACAUCCUCGACGACUUAGGCAGAAUCAAAAAACAAGCAGCGCGCCUUGAAGAAUGUACGAGUGGUACGAAUGCGAAAAAUUUUAGACGAAUCGUUUUCCCGUUUGGUCGGCUAUACCGAAUUCACCGGCCACAGAUUGGAUAGAAUCACGGCAGUCUGAUUGGUACGGUUGGUCGUGCCAAAGUGUCCAGGUGAUCUAGGUCUGCCAAAACAAUGAUUGCGGGUAGCUAGUUAGAAGCCGGUUACUCGCUCCCUGGUUUGGAAGCGGGGGAGAUCUAAGUAUGUAGAUAGGCCGAGUGGAGUUUGAAAAAAGGGGGACUCGGGACGUCUAUCAUCCAUACCUAUCCGCCUGUGCUCUGCCUAACGUUUGAUCGGGCAUUUUUCUAUCUGUUGCUCUGCCCCUCCAAGCUGCCGCUCUUAUCCGUGUUUGGGCUCCUGACCUAAACUCUCAAUUUCUCUCAACAUUGUGUUUUCCUCUGUUGUUUGUCUUGAUUUCCUACAACAUUUUCAUCGUUCUCUUUUCUUGCCGUGAUGUGAAAGAUUAUUCCAGGCGUCUAAAGGGAGGGUUUGCGAAUGACGAAUGAGAUAUUGAGCUGUCUCUGCAUGGCUGACAGCAUUUGUGUUUCGCCAAUAUGAUUUCGUCGUGGUCUUUGCUUCGACCGGCGGUGGUCGCUCACCAUGCGACCGAAGGCCUUUCUCGUCGCGCUGCGUCGCAUGUCUUAGACUGGACGGCGUCAUCCGGCGGGGUCGCUGUAGGCUGCCGGCGACAGUGGAACAGUACACAUGCGAAGAAACCUACCGUUUUACCUGCUUUGCCAAAACGGUCGUUUGAUAGCGUUAGGAAUGUCGCGAAUCGAACAAUUCCUGUUACGGCAUAUUCAACUGUGGUCGAGCCGCUAUCUACGCCUUACUCGGAUCUUACUGUAGGUGUACCGCGCGAGAUAUUUACUAAUGAGCGACGAGUCGCAAUCUCACCUCAGAACGUAGCGCUUCUGAAGAAGAAGGGCUUCCGCAAUGUUCUCGUUGAGCGCGGCGCUGGUGUGCAGGCCGACUUUUUGGAUGAGGCUUAUGAGAAAGCUGGCGCGACCUUAGUCGAUGCGGACAAGGUCUGGAGCCAAGCCGAUAUCUUACUGAAAGUUCGAGGACCAAGUGUCAAUGAAAUUGAUCGCCUAAAGCAAGGCGCUACGAUUAUUUCGAUGCUUCAGCCAGCGCAGAACAAGGAUCUUGUUGAGCGCUUGGCUGCUCGUAAGGUUACUGCAUUUGCAAUGGAUAUGAUCCCUCGUAUUUCGCGGGCGCAGGUAUUUGAUGCUCUUAGUUCAAUGGCGAACAUUGCUGGUUAUAAGGCUGUAUUGGAAGCGUCCAACAAUUUCGGUCGCUUCUUAACCGGUCAAGUUACGGCAGCUGGCAAGAUCCCGCCUUGCAAGGUUCUCGUUAUUGGCGCCGGUGUUGCUGGUUUAAGUGCAAUUGCGACAGCUCGCAGAAUGGGUGCCAUCGUUCGUGGUUUUGACACUCGAUCCGCAGCACGAGAGCAGGUCCAAUCUCUUGGCGCUGAAUUCAUUGAGGUUGAAAUCGAAGAAGAUGGCUCCGGUGCUGGAGGGUACGCUAAGGAAAUGUCGCCCGAAUUCAUUGCUGCUGAAAUGAAACUGUUCACCGAGCAAGCUAAGGACGUUGAUAUCAUCAUCACGACAGCUCUCAUUCCCGGAAAACGCGCACCUAAGCUGAUCACUAAGGAUAUGGUUAAUGUUAUGAAACCUGGUUCCGUUGUCGUAGAUCUGGCUGCUGAAGCAGGUGGCAAUUGCGAGGUAACCGAAGCUGGCAAGCUUGUUACGUAUAAUGAUGUGAAAAUCAUCGGUUACACGGACUUACCCUCCAGGCUACCCACGCAAUCGUCAACUCUGUACUCUAACAAUAUCGUCAAAUUCCUCUUGUCAAUGACGCCACAAGAGAAGUCAUUUGGCAUUGACCUGAGCGAUGAGGUCGUUAGAGGGGCUAUCGUAACUCACAACGGAGAAAUUCUGCCUCCUGCACCACGACCGGCUCCACCACCUGCUCCAGCACCCAAAGCAGCUGCCAAGCCCGAAGAAGAAGUUGUUGCAUUAACACCCUUCCAGAAGAAAUCCCGAGAAGUAGCUGGUGUAACGGCUGGUAUGGGCACUGCUUUGGCCCUUGGAAAGCUUACUGGUCCCGUCUUCAUGAGUAACGCUUUUACUUUUGGAUUGGCUUCGUUAAUCGGAUACCGCGUCGUAUGGGGUGUAACUCCAGCUCUUCACUCGCCUUUGAUGAGUGUCACUAAUGCUAUAUCUGGAAUGGUCGGCAUUGGUGGUUUCUUUAUCUUGGGUGGUGGUUAUGUUCCUGAGACCAUCCCGCAGGCUCUUGGUGCAGCGUCCGUGCUUUUGGCGUUUGUAAACGUAUCCGGAGGUUUCGUGAUCACGAAGAGGAUGUUAGAUAUGUUCAAGCGACCAACUGAUCCGCCAGAAUACCCAUGGCUGUACGCAGUUCCUGGUGUCCUUUUCGCGGGUGGUUAUCUCGCAGCCGCAUCAACUGGCGCAGCUGGACUUGUACAAGCUGGCUACAUGGUUAGCUCAAUCUUGUGCAUCAGCUCCCUUUCAGGACUGGCGUCUCAGGCCACGGCUCGAAUGGGUAACUUGCUCGGAAUCCUGGGUGUGGGCUCUGGUGUUCUUGCUUCAUUGCUGGCCGUUGGAUUUAGCCCGGAAGUCUUGACUCAAUUUGGUACUCUCGCCGCAGUUGGAAGCAUCCUCGGUUUUCUCAUCGGGAAGCGUAUCACUCCCACAGAUCUUCCCCAGACAGUCGCAGCACUGCAUUCCGUCGUUGGUCUUGCUGCAGUAUUGACCAGUAUCGGAAGUGUCAUGGGUGGCCUCGACCAUAUCUCAACGCUACACCUCGUCACGGCUUAUCUUGGAGUGUUGAUUGGUGGUAUAACAUUCACCGGAUCGAUCGUCGCAUUCAUGAAGCUGGCUGGAAAAAUGUCUUCGAGGCCACUGGUUCUCCCUGGCCGACACUUGAUUAACUCUAGUAUGCUUGCCGCUAACAUUGGUACUAUGGGCGCUUUCGUUACGAUGGCACCGGGAUCACCUAUGAUCGCCGCUGCCGCCCUGGGCGCAAACACGAUCCUGUCAUUCGCCAAAGGAUACACUACAACAGCUGCGAUCGGUGGCGCGGAUAUGCCAGUCGUAAUCACCGUUCUCAACGCGUAUAGUGGUUUUGCGCUAGUGGCCGAGGGCUUCAUGUUGGAAAAUCCGUUACUAACCACAGUUGGUGCCCUAAUUGGCGUCUCCGGUUCAAUUCUCUCGUAUAUAAUGUGCGUUGCGAUGAAUCGCAGCCUCACCAAUGUGCUCUUCGGCGGCAUAUCUGCACCAGCGACGACAGACUAUAAGAUCGAGGGAUCGGUAACACAGACGAAUGUCGAAGACACGGCUGACUCGCUCAUCAAUGCGGAGAACGUUAUCAUUGUGGUCGGUUAUGGUAUGGCGGUCGCAAAAGCGCAGUAUGCGAUUAGCGAAAUAACGAGCAUGUUGCGGGCUAAAGGAAUCAAUGUUCGCUUCGCUAUCCAUCCCGUCGCCGGUCGCAUGCCAGGGCAGUGUAACGUGUUGUUAGCGGAAGCGAGCGUGCCAUACGAUAUCGUGCUUGAAAUGGACGAGAUCAAUGAUGAUUUUGGUGACACUGAUGUCACGCUCGUUAUUGGUGCUAACGAUACGGUCAACCCGAUUGCGCUCGAGCCCGGAAGUCCUAUCGCGGGUAUGCCUGUCCUUCACGCUUGGAAGAGUAAGCAGGUCAUUGUCAUGAAGCGUGGUAUGGCCAGUGGUUAUGCCGAUGUUCCAAACCCGAUGUUCUACAUGCCCGGAACGAAGAUGUUGUUCGGUGACGCCAAAGUAACUUGUGAUGCAAUCAAAUCAGCUGUCGAAUCCCGAACCUAGAAUAGAAGCGCCUCGCAGCAUUUAUUUUAGACAACCCAGAGCAUCUAAGAGCAUUUAAGAGCAUUUAGAGAUUAGAUCGAUGGAUAUUCUUUUCGAGUUAUCUUGAUUGUUUGAGUCGUUUUUGACAUUUACCGCGCGCACAUUUUACGACAUGUUA